CAGUUAUUGCCUCCCCCUUCCUGGGACUUCCCACUGUUCUUUAGCACAAAUCAAACUUGAGCAAAAACAAGUUUUUCCAUAGGAUCAGUUAUAAAAAAACCAGCAACUGCGAUGAUCAGCUUAAUGACCAAGUUUCUUGGUCUUACCAGUGAAAAGUAGACUCACCAAAGGCUUGUGAACAUUUCUGGCAAAAGCACUGGCUGGCUUGUUCAUCUCUUAUAUGGUCAAUCGUUGUGUUUCUGCGGGACCAAAGGCACAGACUGGUUAGUGAAGUCUCUUCCAGAAUGCUGUCAGAAGGGUAUCUCAGUGGACUCGCCUACCAGAAUGACAUCUACUGGAACUGUACAUCUUGUAACGAGCAGGUAGUUGAGGAAAAAGAAGAGACUGAAGCCACAGCUGCUACUGCUCUUUACUAUUCCCCUGUGGACAAAACGCAAGUCCGAAGUCUCUAUGUGAGCUGCAAAUCCUCUGACAAGUUUAUUUCUUCAGUGCAUUCGAGAGAGAGCCAUCCUAGCAGAAAUCCGAUGAUCACGGUAUUGCAAGCCAAUCCCAAUCCUGUGUUCGAAAGCCCGAACUUGGCCACAGUUGAGUUAUAUAGAGAUCCCAGCAGAGAGACCUACCUGGUUCCUCCUUCCUGCAAGAGUAUUUGCAAGAAUUACAAUGACUUACAUAUUGCAGGGGGCCAGGUGAUGGCCCUUAAUUCAGUGACAACGGAUUUUGCCUCCGAGGGCAGUUUCGAACAUGGCCCUUUGCUGAAAUCGUCUGAGAUUCCUUUGACCAUGGAGGAUUCCAUUUCCACUCAGCCCAGUGACUUGCCACCAAAACCCAUCCAGCGCUAUUCAUCCUACUGGAGAAUCACCAGUGUCAAAGAGAAAAGCAGCCUGCAAAUGCAGAAACCUAUUUCGAAUGCAGUCCUGAAUGAGUACCUGGAGCAGAAGGUGGUGGAGUUAUAUAAGCAGUACAUUAUGGACAAUAUGUUCCAUGACAGCUCUCCUACACAGAUUCUGGCAUCUGAACUCAUUAUGACAAGUGUGGACCAAAUUAGCAUUCAAGUCUCUAGAGAGAAGAAUCUGGAGACCUCAAAAGCCAGGGAUAUAGUCAUUAACCGUCUGCUACAGUUGGUGUCAACUGAAAUCAGCACACCGAGUCUCCAUAUUUCUCAGUAUAGUAAUGUGAAUCCAUAGAGAGAAUGCUUCUAUUCCUUUUGCUCAACUCCUCAAAUCUUAGGCAACAAUCAUUCACUGACUCUGAGAAUGUGCAGGAGGGUUGCUAAGGGGAGUCAUGAACUGGAGAAACAAAGGUCUGCUGGAGGUCAGGUGUGGAUUAGGAGGGAAUCUGCUAAUAAUAACAACACAUGAAGGAAUGUGGGGAGAGGAACUGUAAUGACUUCAAAGCGACGGUUGGAUAGCAACAAAGCAAAAAUAAAAACGAUCAGAAAAUAAAACAUAUGAUUCCCUUAAGGGAACAAAGAAAUUGAAAAAGACACACCAAAGAAGAACAUGCACCAUGGCAAAGCUAGAAGCCAAAGGUUUCAGGGUAAGGAGUUAAGACUACGUUUGCCACUCAAGUAAAUUCCUCCAAGUUGUUUCUCCUUGAGGGAAAUGGACUGUGAAGGCUGCUAUAUUUGGGUAGAAAGACAGGUUCAAACAGGUUUCAAAAUAUGUUUCUAUCUCUUUUCUCUAUCCUGUAACAGAUGACUUAAAAAUAUAUUCAUAAAUAUUAAAAUAGUA